GAAUACAAUGGCCGCCUCCAUGAACACGCUGGCUAUGGGCACCUCAAGGAUAUUGUUGCCAGUGUUUGGACGUUUUCACCGCAUAAUAAAGCUGAAUAAACGACAUUUUUGCGAUGUUGGUGAUGAGAAGGAUGCAAAAACGAAACAGUUUGCAGAAGUUCCUCCAAGACUGUUUUCGGGAAUCCAACCAACGGGCAUUCCUCACAUUGGAAACUACAUUGGCGCAAUUAAAAACUGGGUUAUGCUUCAAAAGAAAUACGACAGUGUCAUUUUUUGUAUUGUUGACCUCCAUUCCAUCACAGUUCCUCAAGAACCAAAAGUGCUCCGGCAGAAUAUUUUAGACAUGACUGCUUGUCUUCUGGCAUGUGGAAUAGACCCAGAAAAAAGCAUACUGUUUCUGCAGUCACAUGUGCAGGAACAUGCGGAACUGGCUUGGUUACUUGGGUGCCUCUGCACUCUACCACGACUUCAACAUUUGCCUCAGUGGAAGGAAAAGUCACAAAAGAUAAAGGAACCAGGCCUUGGUCUUUUCACAUAUCCAGUUCUUCAAGCUGCUGAUAUUCUUCUCUACAAGGCAACUGAUGUGCCUGUUGGAGAAGAUCAGAUUCACCAUAUAGAGCUGACCCGUUACUUGGCCAAGUCCUUCAAUCGCAACUUCAAUACCAUAUUUCCUCGCUGCAGGGCUCUGACGGGUGAAUCCCCUAAAAUACGAAGCCUCCGUAACCCAGAAGGGAAGAUGAGCAAGUCCGACCCCAACCCUUUGAGUCGAAUAGAGCUGACAGACUCGCCAAAAGAUAUUACAGAGAAAAUAAAGAAAGCCGUGACUGAUUUCACAUCAGAGGUCUCAUAUGACCCAGACCGCAGGCCAGGCGUCUCAAACCUCAUUGACAUUCACAUGGGUGUGACCGAACUUUGUGCUGAGGAGAUAUGUGAGAAUGCUUUUCUAAAUGCCCUUACCACUGCGAUGUACAAAGCUACGGUUGCUGAAGCUGUGAUAGAGCACCUCAAGCCCAUCUCGGACUCUAUACAAAGGUUGAAGAAUGACCCAGGUCAUCUGGAGAAGGUGCUGAAAACAGGGCAAGAGCGGGCACAAGCUAUCGCUCAGGACACAAUUAUGGAAGUUAAGCAGGCUAUGGGGCUAAGAUGAUGCAAGUUAAGUCUCACAGUUGACACUUUUAGGAUAAUUCUUUUUUUCUCCUACCGCUAAGCAGAAGGUUGAAAUUUUUUGUACAUUAGAUAAAAAAUACAUAUAAUCAUGGUCAGUGAGCGAAUUCCUGAUGUAUGUUUGUCUCUGUGCUGUGGUCACUUGAGUUCUACAGAGCUGUAUAAAGUAUCAACAAAUAUUUUUUCUGGCAAGUCCUGUUCUUACGGUUGUCAGUAUUUCUGUUAAAAGUCUUCCAGAAAAUAGGAGACAAUGAAGUGCUUGAAAUCUGAAAUGACUGGGGUAUUUCUUUUUAUGUAUAAAUUAUUGUUC